UUCACAAUAGUGAGUGACAGGUAAAAUUCAAAAUUUUGGAAAAGAAUUCCAACAUUUUCAUUUCUAAUCAGCAAUCAACCAUAUAUUUCGUAUUAACAUAUUGUCUAUUACCACAUAGAUAGCCAUAUAUUUUAUAUGAAAUGGAUGUUGUACAUAAAGUGGACCAGGCAACAGUCACCGAGACGCCAAAGGCCAAGCGUCGAUCAAGAGAGAAAUUAGCGAAGAUCAUCGAAGAUGCUGUUGCAGGCAAUGACGACCUUAGCAAUGGGGGUGUGGCUAAAAAGGGUAAUAAGAUGCAUCUGAAACAGAAGGUAGUCCUAUUAUCGGAAGAAAACCAAAAUCUGAGCAAAAGUAUUAAUGCAAAAAACGCGGAGAUAACAGAUUUAAAGCGUUCAGUCCAAUCACUCAAUGAAGUGCUCAACUCAGUUCCCAUCGACGAGUUGCGUUGCAAUUCCUCCAUAGCGAGCACCAAAUUAUUGGAGUUAAGCAAGAAGAAUCGCUUACUACGAGCCGAACUCGAGACCAACAAAAACCGAGUUAACAAAAAAGAGUUGCAAAUACAAAAGUUGGAGCGUGACAUAAAGCAUCUCGAGGAUAAGUUACACAAAGGAGUCACCGAAACGCCAAAGGAUCCAUCGGAUGAGCUGCGUGUUAAAUUAAACGCCAUACAACAGAAACUAUUCGAGACACGCAAUAAAAACACCGAAUUACAAAACCAACUGAAGCUCGCACAAAAGUGUCUGCAACAGGAAAUUGGAGAGAACUUCAACUUGGCAACAAUGGCUUCGCAGUCGCAGAACUCCAACUGGCGUGGGCGUGCUCAGCAAAUCAUACACCUGCAGCAGAAGGUGCACGAAUUGAAAGAUCGUCUAGAAAUUAUAGAUAGACAGUACGCGGAGGGUAGUCCCAUCACCUUUGCCGCAGAAGACAACACGCAUCUUGAGAUCGGUACCUCAAACACCGCAAAAAGUGGCGCACGUUCGGCGGGUGGUCACGUGGAAGCAAAUGUUGUGUCGAAUGUAAGCGCCACCUCCUUCGAUCGCUACAACACAGUCGUGCGUAAAACCGAGAUAUUGCAUCGGGCCAAAGUCGAAGGUCUGGAGAAAGAAAUCGCUUCUCUUAAGGCACAACUGGAAGAGCAACGAGGCAAAGUGCUGGCACUCAAAGUGCGCAACAAAACGCUCAACGACGAAGUCUUGAAGUACAAAGUAAAAGCGAGCUCACUGGAAGAGCAAACCGAUUACAACGGCUUGAAUCUGGCGAAUAUGAAUGAGAAAAUGAAUGUGCAGCGCUACCACUAUGAAAGCCGCUUGGAGGAGAUGGCGAGACAACUAAACGACCUGAAGCGUAUACAUAAGGAUGGCGCCUUUCGUGAAGAGGAAUUGCGACUGAAAUUGGAAAACAUGGACAAUUUGCUUCAGAGCAAGGAAACACACAUAGAGGACUUGAAUCAGACAAUAUCGCGUUUAGAAACCGAUCUGAAAGCCUUGUCUGGUGGUUUUCUCUUCUCAUGUCGGGAGCUACGCAAGGAAGAGUUCAUAACUAUACUAGACUCAUUGGAAGCCGAGAAGAAUGAGCUGCUCAAACAUAAUAAAACGCUCAUCGAACGCAGCGAGCAGGAUCGCUUGAAGAGCGACGCAUUGCAUGAUCAGCUGGCCAAGCAGAAGGUGCGCAUUUCACGCAUUGAGGCGCGUACGCGUGAGCUGGAGCGGGAGCUUGAGCUGCAAUCGGAGCGGAAGAAGCGCUCGCAACGCAUUGCCGACUACGUGAGCAGUGUGAAUUCAACGGCGUCAAUGAGCACGUUCGUUUUCGAAAAUACUUCGCAGAAUAACUUGUCGCAAAGGGCGAUUGACGAAUUCACACCAGCACAGGUCUACCAGAUGAAGCAUGAGCUCGAAUAUGCACAGGAAAAAUUGGCAUACUUGAGUGAGAAGGUGAUGCAUCUGCAGGAGGAAAAGGAGAAUGAUGCACGCUCUUUUGCCGAGAUCAUCAACAGUUCCAAAGGCGUUGUGCUGGAGACCCUAUUGGGCCAUCGCAGUAAUGCUUCCUUGUCUGUGGAGAUCAGCACUGGCAAAUCGGUGUAGUAUAUCAGUUCGUCUCGAAUAUUUCUCUUUAUUAACCAUUACUUCAACUUGAAAUUACGUGAAAUUUAUUUCAUGGUGUAAAAAAUCAACAAUUUGGUUCACAACUCUGUUGCAACUAAGAUUCUUUCGAGAUAAUUCAACAGUUCCUUGUAUGGAUUUUAUGAUGCAAAAAUUUUCAAUACUUUGGAAAACACUCACAUUAAAAUUAUUAAUAUAAACUAUUUGAAUAAAUGAAAGAAUUUUCUCCAGUUUCGAUGAA